AAAUACGUUUCCCUUAAAAACAUAUCAUUAAUAUCCCCAACACCGCAAACCCCUCGAAAACAGAACCGCCUGAUUUUGAGAACAAGAAGACCCAUCUCUGUUGGUCGGGUGGUUUUGGUUGCUUCUAGAAGAAGACCCAACCACCAGGCCCCGCUUGAUAGGGGACUACAUACUAGGCCCGAGAAUUGGGUCGGGUUCCUUCGCGGGGGUCUGGUGGUCUAGCUUAAACUUCUUUCUAUGAAACCAUAUAGAACAAACGCACUUCAAGCCCUUGCUUCUUUAAGAGUGUGUCCACCUCCAAAUCCGCCUGUAAAUGUUGAAAAUUUUAUCGAUGCCCGUAUUAUUAAGACGGGUUUCAAUCCGGAAACAUGCCGUUCUAAUUUCCUGGUCAAGAAUAUUCUAGAAAGAGGUGAAUUGUCCCAAGCGCGUGAGGUGUUUGAUCAAAUGCCUCAUAAAAAUACAUUCUCAACAAACAUGAUGAUUUCAGGUUAUGUGAAAUCAGGCAACCUUUCUUAUGCUAGAGAGUUGUUUGAUGGAAUGGUUGAACGUACAGCAGUGACAUGGACAAUCUUAAUUGGUGGAUACUCGAAGUGUAAUCAAUUUCGAGAAGCAUUUAAGAUUUUUUCUGAGAUGUGUAGGUGGGGGACGGAGCCGGAUUAUGUGACCUUUGCUACUCUCCUAUCCGGAUGUAGCGACUCGGAGACCGCAAAUGAAGUAGUUCAAGUUCAUGCCCAAAUCAUCAAAUGGGGACAUGGUUCGACUCUCAUGGUUUGCAAUUCCUUGGUUGAUGCUUACUGCAAAAUAUAUCGCUUAGAUUUUGCUUGUCAACUCUUUCAGGAAAUGUCUGAGAGAGAUUCUGUCACUUUGAAUGCAUUGAUAACAGGGUUCUCAAGAGAUGGGUUGAAUGAAGACGCAAUAAAGCUCUUUAUGGAGAUGCAACAUUUUGGCUUCAAGCCUUCAGAUUUUACUUUUGCCGCGGUUCUAUGUGCGGUUAUUGGGUUAGACGACAUAGUACUUGGGCAGCAAGUUCAUGCUUUUGUGGUGAAGACCAACAAUGUUUGGAAUGUGUUUGUGGGGAAUGCUUUGCUUGAUUUCUACUCGAAGCAUGGUCGUGUGCUUGAGGCAAGGAAACUCUUUGACGAGAUGCCAGAGUUGGAUUGUGUUUCAUACAAUGUAAUCAUCACCAGUUAUGCAUGGGAUGGGCAACCGAAAGAGUCUCUUGGUCUUUUCCGGGAAUUACAGUUUACUCGAUUUGAUCGGAGGCAAUUCCCUUUUGCAACCUUGUUGAGCAUAGCAGCCAAUACUUCGGACUUGGAAAUGGGUCGACAAAUUCAUUCCCAGACUAUUGUGUUAACAGCAGAUUCAGAAGUUCAGGUUGGAAAUUCUUUAGUUGACAUGUAUGCCAAAUGUGAUAGAUUUGAGGAAGCCAAAAAGAUAUUUGCAAAUUUAGCCCACAAAAGCACAGUUCCAUGGACUGCCAUGAUCUCAGGUUAUGUUCAGAAGGGACUACAUGAAGAAGGCCUAAAACUGUUCAAUGAGAUGCAUAGAAACAAUGUAAGUGCUGACCAGGCCACUUUUGCAAGCAUCUUGAGUGCUUCAGCAAAUUUAGCUUCACUCUCACUAGGGAAACAGUUACACUCAUUUGUAGUUAGAUCAGGAUUUCUAUCAAAUGUAUAUUGUGGAAGUGCAGUCGUAGAUAUGUAUGCCAAAAGCGGUUCCUUAAAAGAUGCACUUCAAAGUUUCCAAGAAAUGCCUGAUAGGAACCCAGUCACUUGGAAUGCCCUGAUCUCAGCUUACGCACAAAAUGGAGAUGGUGAAGGCACUCUUAAGUCAUUUGAUCAGAUGAUCCAGUCAGGUUUCCAACCGGAUUCCGUUAGCUUCCUGAGUGUCUUAACUGCUUGCAGCCACUGUGGGCUCGUUGAUGAAGCAUUACAAUACUUCAAAUCCAUGACUCAAGUUUACAAACUUGCUCCCAGAGGAUUACACUAUGCGUCAAUAGUUGAUGUGUUGUGUCGGAGUGGACAGUUUGAUGAAGCGGAGAAGUUGAUGGCGGAAAUGCCAUUCGAGCCUGAUGAGAUUAUGUGGUCAUCAGUUCUUAAUUCUUGUAGAAUUCAUAAAAAUCAAGAAUUGGCUAAGAAAGCAGCAGCCCAACUUUUCAAUAUGGCAGACCUCAAGGAUGCUGCUCCUUAUGUUAACAUGUCCAAUAUCUAUGCAGCAGCAGGUCAGUGGGAUAGUGUUGGGAUGGUGAAGAAGGCAAUGAGGGAGCGAGGAGUUAAAAAGGCCCCUGCUUAUAGCUGGGUUGAAAUCAAACAUAAGAUUCAUGUAUUCUCAGCGAAUGACAAGUCCCACCCACAGAUGGGGGAGAUCAUGAGAAAGAUUGAUAUGCUGGUGAAGCAGAUGGAGAAGGAAGGAUACAAGCCUGACACAAGCUGUGUACUCCACAAUGUGGAUGAGGAGAUCAAAAUAGAGUCUCUCAAAAGCCACAGUGAACGCUUAGCAAUUGCAUUUGCUCUGAUCAGCACACCAGAAGGGUCGCCCAUACUGGUGAUGAAGAAUCUACGAGCUUGUACAGACUGUCAUGCUGCAAUCAAGCUGAUUUCAAAGAUUGUUGCAAGGGAGAUUACAGUCAGGGAUUCAAGCAGGUUCCAUCAUUUUAGAGGGGGGUUUUGCUCCUGUGAGGACUAUUGGUGACUUUGUAAACACCCAAAAAGGAAGAAUUAUUUUCCUGUAAAACGGGCCAACGAUUACAGAACCCAUUCUCUGCUUGAAGCACCAAGAUUAGAAUUGUUAUGAAGAAAAAACGUCCUUCACGUUGCAUUAGCACGAGACUACUUACAUGCUUGAGGUGGAUUCGUCAUGUAGACUAAAUUAUUCACAUCAGGGAGUUUUUUUCUGUUCUCGACAACAUUUGACAGUGCGUCUUCUUCCUUCCAAAAUUCAUUUAUUACAGUGAUUUUUCUCCA